AUUUUCGAUUUUUCUGGGCGUACGAAACCCAAAGUGCACGAGAAGACGGAAGCUGAAGAAUGUUGAAGUCAAUUCUCAAUUUCUCUCUUCUCCUCCGCUUUUCACCUGCUCGGUGAUCCGGCGAGGGAUUUUCCGGCGGCGACGCCGUCGGCGAAGUUUUCUCUCCGAUCUCUUCUCUCUGUCUGCGGUCUUACAACUCGUGCUCCUGCUGCAGAAGCGGAAGUUGAACCUCUUCUCUGCAAUUCCGGAGGAAUUCGAAAUGUUAUUUUUCACUUUUUAGCGCUGAAUUAGCUGUCGUGAUCUGUACAUGAUGAACGCCGGAUAUGAUAUUAAUGAUCUUUAUCGAGAAGCACAAACCCGUUGGCUGAAGCCUCCAGAGGUGCUUUUUAUUUUACAGAAUCAUGAGAAAUAUCAGCUGACUGAGGAGGCCCCUAAAAAGCCAACAAGCGGUUCUUUGUUUCUUUUUAACAAGAGGGUUCUCCGCUUCUUCCGCAAAGAUGGUCAUAGCUGGCGCAAAAAAAGGGAUGGAAGAACUGUUGGAGAAGCACAUGAACGACUUAAGGUUGGAAAUGCGGAAGUGUUAAAUUGCUAUUAUGCACAUGGAGAGCAUAAUCCCAGUUUCCAGAGACGUAGCUUUUGGAUGCUGGAUCAGUCAUGUGACCACAUUGUUCUUGUACACUACAGAGAUAUUAGUGAGGGAAGGUCUGGGGCGGAAAGUGUUCCACAAUUAUCUCCAGCAUCGGCUUCUACUUUUAGUUCCUACUUGUCACAAAAUCUUCCUUCAGAAUAUCACCAUACAUCAUCGAGCCCUGGGUCUACAGAAGUUAGUUCUGACACUGGAAACUAUACUAAUGGGGCAAAUGGUGUGGAUGGGCAGUAUGCAAUAUCAGAAUUAAAAAGUUCAAACGAAUUUGAGGUUUCUCAAGCUUUGAGAAGGAUAGAGGAACAAUUAAGUCUGAAUGAAGACAGCUUGAAAGACAUUGGUCCAUUUUAUAGCCAUGAGGAAGUUUCAAAUUCUCACCUUAUAGACCAUUAUCAGAUGUCCAACGAGGAUCAGUUUUCAGUGCUUCAGCAUUCAGAAAAUGCAGCUCAUGAUAAUAAUUAUACACAGUUUGAGACGCAAGAUGCUAAUGGAAAACAUCACCACUAUGCAAUGGCACAUGAGUUUGUAUUUGGUAGUGAAGGAACUCAACCAUGGGGUGAUGCCCUUUGUUCAAGUAAGACAUCAGACCUUGAGUCUCCAGAUAGGCAUUCUCUCCUACGGAAUGAAAAUGAAAAGACAUCACCAUCUUCGAGUAAAGGUACAAGUGUAGAAAAUGAACUUUUCAACUGGCUGAACAGCAGAAGAAAAACUUCUCCUUUGCUAGGAAGCCACCAAACUCCAGAAUAUACUUCACCAGUGGACACUCAUAAUGUUACUUCCAACUAUCAUACACCAUUUCUUAAACAAGACCAUGGAAAUUCUUUUGGAGUUGACACAAGUUUAAUUGUUGCACAAGUGCAGAAAUUUGCAAUCCACCAAAUAACACCCGAGUGGGGUUAUGCUACUGAGAGCACCAAGGUCAUCAUUAUUGGAUCUUUUCUUUGUGAUCCUUCAGAAUCUUCAUGGGCUUGUAUGUUUGGAGAUAUUGAAGUUCCUCUUCAGAUUGUUCAGAAUGGGGUUCUUUGUUGUGAAACACCUCCACACCUUCCUGGGAAGGUAGCUUUCUGCAUUACAUCUGGCAAUCGGGAACCCUGCAGUGAAGUCAGAGAGUUUGAGUAUCAAGCUAAAACGAGUGUGUGCAAUCAUUGCCAAUCACAUUCAGGUGGAGCUCUGAAGAGCCCAGAGGAGUUGUUAUUACUUGUCAGACUUGUGCAAAUGCUGCUCUCUUACUCAUCAAUCCAGAAAUCUGACAAGGUAGGUUCUGAAGUUAGGAGCAAUAACUUGAAAGCGGAUGAUGAUCAAUGGAGUUCUAUGAUAGAGUCUCUUCUAGUUGGCAGUGGAACUCCUUCCAGUACCAUUGAUUGGCUUCUUCGAGAGCUGCUAAAAGACAAAUUUCAUCUCUGGCUUUCUUCCCGAUUGGAAGAUAGACAUGAUCCUGCGGGCUGUUCCUUGUCCAAGAAAGAUCAGGGCAUUAUACACAUGAUUGCUGGCUUGGGAUAUGUGUGGGCAUUAAACCCAAUCCUCAGUUGUGGAGUGAAUAUAAAUUUCCGUGACAUUAAUGGAUGGACUGCUCUACAUUGGGCGGCACGCUUUGGAAGGGAAAAAAUGGUUGCUGCACUAGUAGCAUCUGGAGCAUCAGCUGGCGCUGUGACUGAUCCUAGUUCACAAGAUCCGGCUGGUAAAACGGCAGCGUCUAUUGCAGACAUCCAUGGACACAAGGGACUUGCUGGUUAUUUAUCAGAGGUUGCACUUACUAGUCAUCUUUCAUCCCUCACAUUUGAAGGUGAGCAUCCCAAAGGCUCUGCCGAGGUUGAAGCAGAAAUGACAGUAAAUAGCAUCUCAAAGGGGGACCUCUCUUCCUCUGAGGACUAUAUGCCACUAAAAAAUACGUUAGCUGCAGUCAGGAAUGCUGCUCAGGCAGCAGCCCAGAUUCAAUCUGCUUUCCGUGCACAUUCUUUCAGAAAGCGACAGCAGAAAGAGGCAGUUUUUGCAGCUUGUAUAGAUGAGUAUGGAGUUGAUCCAAAUGACAUACAUGGGCUCUUUGCUAUGUCAAAGUUAAACUUCUGUAAUCGACGGGAUUACAAUGCAGCUGCAUUAUCUAUACAAAAGAAGUAUAGAGGCUGGAAAGGACGUAAAGAGUUUUUAUCAAUUCGUCAGAAAGUCGUGAAGAUACAGGCACAUGUGAGGGGGUAUCAAGUUAGAAAGCACUACAAAAUAAUUUGUUGGGCUGUUGGAAUCCUUGAUAAAGUUGUACUACGUUGGAGAAGGAAAGGAGCUGGUUUGAGAGGUUUUCGUAGCGAGGUAGGAUCUAUUGAUGAGAGUGAAGACGACGAUAUUAUAAAGGUGUUCCGUAAACAAAAAGUGGAAGGAACUAUUGGCGAGGCUGUUUCACGAGUGCUGUCCAUGGUUGACUCUCCAGAUGCUCGUCAGCAAUAUCAUCGUAUGCUUGAAGGAUUUCGGGAAGCUAAGGCUGAACUUGAUGGCACAGCAUCGACUUCUCUCGGCGAUGUUUCUGGAAUGGAAGACUGUAACACAUAUUCCAAGUUUGUAUAGGAACAACUCUGGUGAUCCUAAUUAACUAACAUUCACUGAUUUUAUGUUUCAUUGCUAAGUUUCUUUUUUUUUUUGGUUCAUCACCAUCUGUACAGUAGCAUAGUGAUUAGAAUCGGUAAGCACAGUAAAUGAUUCGUAUUGUCGCUGUAAAUUGCUUGGUAGGAUUAGAUAAUGGGAUGUUGCAAUUAAAUUAAUCCCUAUGGACAUGUAUUAAAAUUAUUAUUAUUUGGUUUUCCUUCUUUUACAAAGACGACGUUUGGUUGGAGAGA